AGAACAUGCAGUUGGCCUAAAACUGCGGUUGACGUGUAGCUGCAGUUCUGCAGCCGGAGCCACAAGGAAGACCACAGCAGCACUGCGCAUGCGGAACUUCACUGGGCCUGAAGAGGAAGCUAUUGCUGUUAGCUAAACAUGCUAAAUAACACCUGAGGAUCGGUCAGCUGUGGCUCAGUCAUCGUGUUUGCUCCACAUGGAUCUGGACAGGAUCAAUACAGAUGUUCAACUGGUGGUGCUGGUUAAAGAAGAUCCUGAAGAAUGGAGUGCUGCUGUGGAUCAGGACCCAGAACACCUCCAUAUAAAGGAGGAAGCGGAGGAAAUCAGGACCAGCCUGGAGGAAGAGCAGCUCCCAUUGAAGGAGACUGAUGCUGCCAGGUUUCCAUUCACUGCAGUUUCUAUGAAGAGUGAGGAUGAUGAAGAGCAUCAUCUGUUCUCACAGCUUCAUCAGCAGCAAACACAAGAGAUAGAUUUUCUAACCAGCAGCUCAGGUGACUUGAUGACAACAGAAAAUAGUGGAGGAGCACAAACUACCAGGAACCCAGAUGUCAACCCUAAUAAACAGACAUCUGACUCUUCAGAGACUGAAGUUAGUGGAGAUGAUGAAGAGGAUGUGGAUGCUAUUCUAGACUCUGAGCUGUCAGACUCUGAGCCUGGAGAUGGAGACAAGGACUGGAAUGAGACCAGGCCCUCUGUGUCAGAUGUUAGGGCUGUCAACAAAUCCUUUAGCUGCUCUGAGUGUGGUGAACUAUUUCUCCAUAAGCGGUCUCUCCAGAAACAUGUGAGAGUGACAAGUCAUUCAACGAGGUCUUCGGGCAUUUUGGUUGAUACAAAACCUGUUGGAGGGAAGCAACAUGUUGAUCCAUGUAGGAAAGUCCAGACAGAAGUAAAAUCAUUUAGUUGUGACAACUGUGGAAAAAGAUUUAGUACGAAAUCAAAUUUAAACAGGCAUGCAAGUGUCCACACAGGAAUGAAGCCUUUUGCCUGUGAACUCUGUGAACUACGAUUCAGCCGAAAGUCUAAUUUAAGUAGUCACAUGAGCAUUCACACAGGACAGAAACCAUUUUCCUGUGAGCUCUGUGGACAAAGAUUUAGCCGAAAGACACAUUUAAACAGUCACAUGACAGUCCACACAGGACAUAAGCCUUUUGCCUGUGAGCUGUGUGGACAAAGGUUUAGCCAAAAGACACAUUUAAACUGUCACAUGAAAGUCCACACAGGACAGAAGCGUCUUGCUCGUGUGCUCUGGGGACAAAGUUUUAGUCUUAAGUCAACUUUAAAGAAACUCAAGAGAGUCCACAAAGAACAGAAACUUUUUUCCUGUGAGUUUUGUGGACAAAGAUUUAGCCAAAACGCUAGUUUAAACAGUCACAUGAGAGUUCACACUGGACAGAAGCCUUAUUCCUGUGAGCUCUGUGAGAAAAGGUUUGAUCGUAAGUCAAAUUUACAAGUUCACAUGAGAGUCCACACAGGACAGAAGCCGUAUGCCUGUGAGUUCUGUGGAAAAAGAUUUGGUCAUAAGUCAAGUUUAAAAGGUCACUUAGGACUCCACACAGGGCAGAAGUCUUAUGCUUGUGAGAUCUGUGGACAAACAUUUAGACAAAAUAUACAUUUAAAGAGUCACAUGAUAGUCCACACAGGACAGAAGCCCUUUGCUUGUGAGCUCUGUGAAAAAAGAUUUGGUCAUAAGUCAAAUUUAAAAGAUCACAUAAAAGCCCACACAGGACAGAAGCCUUAUGCUUGUGAGCUCUGCGGAAAAAGAUUUAGACAAAAGGCACAUUUAAGCAGACACGUAAGAGUCCACACAGGAGAGAAGCCCUAUGCUUGUGAGCUCUGUGGACGAAAAUUUAGACAAAAGACUGAUAUAAAGAGUCACAUGAGAGUCCACACAGGGCAGAAACCUUAUUCCUGUGAGCUCUGUGAACAAACGUUUAGUCAUAAGCCAAGUUUAAACAGACACAUGAGAGUCCAUACAGGAGAGAAACCUUAUGCGUGUGAGAUUUGCGGACAAGCAUUUAGUCAUAAAUCAAGUUUAAACAGCCACAUAAGUAUCCAUUCAGGACUGAAAGAACCAAUUUAACUUCAAAAGAACCAAAAAUGGACCUUUGUAGAUGUUUUCUUUGACCCCUGCUGGCUGUCCUUAAGUCUAGAUCAGGUCCUUAUGCAAUUCAAUUCAGUUUAUUUAUACUGACCCUUUGUUCAUGAUGUUACGCCACUCAUGGGACCCCUCCUUUGACAUAGUGGAUGGCAGAAAGACCGUUCUUCUUCAAAUAACUUCGGACAUUGAGGACAGAUAUAAACUGCAGCGAUCAAUCAAACAGACUAGCUGCCCUCAAAGUAUCUUUGUAUUUGCAGCAAACAUAACGGGUAAGAUUAACAUUAAUAUAUUUCAUGAGGAAGACAGACGGGGAUAAUUGUGAUGUGUUUAUGUUGAUAAUCCCAUUCGAUGGAUGGAUGGAUGUUUCACCAUGGACGUGCUGUACCGUCCAUUGUAAUGAAAUGCAAGAUAAUAUUUAGCAAUAAUUGUUCCGACGGAACUUCCAAAUUGUUCCAGGGGAGGCGGGGGACAUUGAGUCUGAACGGACCCUGUUCCGUGCCUCCAUUGUUGAGGUGGCCGACCGGAGCUAUGGUCGCAGGAUUGUCGGUGCCUGUCGUGGUAGCAACCCCCGACCCCGCUGGUGGACACCAGCGCUUAGGGAUGCUGUCGAGCUGAAGAAAGAGUCCUAUCCAGUCUUUUUAGCUUGUGGGACUCCAGAGGCAGCUGACGGGUACCGGCAGUCCAAGCGGAAUGCGGCUCGGGUGGCCGCCGAGGCAAAAACCCAGGCGUGGGAGGAGUUUGGUGAGACAAUAAAACAAGACUUCCGUACGGCUUCGAGGAGAUUCUGGUCCACCAUUCGGCACCUCAGGAGGGAAAGCAGUGCGCUAACAGCACUAUUUAUAGUGGGGACGGUGUGCUGCUGACCUCUACUCAGGACGUUGUGGAUCGGUGGGCAGAAUACUUCGAUGACUUCCUCAAUCCCACCGACACGUCUUCCAGUGAGGAAGCAGAGUCUGGGGACUUUGAGUUGGGCUCUCAAAUCUCUGGUGCUGAGGUCACUGAGGUGGUUAGAAAGCUCCUCUGUGGCAAGGCUCCAGGGGUGGAUGAGAUCCGCCCGGAGUUCCUUAAGGCUCUGGAUGUUGUGGGGCUGUGUUGGCUGACGCAGCUAUGCAGUAUCACUGUGGACAUCGGGGGGCAGUCCCACUGGACUGGCAGACCGGGGUGUGUGUUCCAACUACAGGGGGAUCACACUCCUGAGCCUUCCUGGUAAGGUCUAUUCAGGGGUUCUGAAGAGGAGAGUUCGUCAUAUUGUUGUCGUAUUGUUGAACCUCAGAUUCAGGAGGAGCAAUGUGGUUUUCGUUCUGGCCGUGGAACACUGGACCAGCUCUAUACCCUUAGGGGGAUCCUGGAGGGUACAUGGGAAUUUGCCCAACCAGUCUACGUAUGGGGUACCAGGCCCUCUGAUACGGGCUGUUAGGUCCCUGUAUGGCCAGUGUCGGAGCUUGGUCCGCAUUACCUGCAGUAAGUCGGACUCGUUCCCAGUGAGAGUUGGACUCCGCCAAGGCUGCCCUUGGUCACCAAUUCUGUUUAUAACCUUUAUGGACAGGAUUUCUAGGUGCAGCCAAGGUGUUGAGGGUAUCCGUUUUGGUGGCCUGAGGAUCAGGUCUCUGCUUUUUGCAGAUGAUGUGGUCCUGUUGGCUUCAUCAGAAUGUGAUCUUCAGCUUUCGCUGGAGCGGUUUGCAGCCGAGUGUGAAGCAGCUGGGAUGAGAACCAGCUCCUCUAAAUCCGAGACCAUGGUCUUGAUUUGGAAAAGGGUAGAAUGCCUUCUCCAGGUCAGGGAUGAGGUCCUGCCUCAAGUGGAGGAGUUUAAGUAUCUCAGGGUCUUGUUCAUGAGUAAGGGAAAGAUGGAGCGCAAGAUCGAUAGGCGGAUUGGUGCUGCGUCUGCAGUGAUGCGGGUGUUGCACCGAUCACUCUUGGUGAAGAGCGAGCUGAGCCAGAAUGCGAAGCUCUCAAUUUACUGGCCAAUCUACGUUCCUACCCUCACCUAUGGUCAUGAGCUUUGGGUAGUGACUGAAAGAAUGAGAUCACAGGUACAAGCGGCCAAAAUGAGUUUUCUCCACAGAGUGGCUGGGCUCUCCCUUAGAGAUGGGGUGAGAAUCUCAGUCAUCCUCGAGAGGAGCCAGUUGAGGUGGCUCGAGCAUCUGGUCAGGACGCCUCCCUGGUGAGGUUUUCUGGGCACCUCCAACUGGGAGGAGGCCUAAAGGGAGACCCAGGACACGUUAAAAGGACUAUGUUUCUCACCUAACCAGGGAAGGCCUUGGGAUUCCCCCGGAAGAGCUGGUCCAAGUGGCUGGGGAGAGGGAAGUCUGGGCCUGUCGACUUAGGCUGCUGCCCCCACGACCUGACUGAAUAAGCAGAAGAAAAUUGAUGGAUGGAUGGAUUUUUCACCUCGGAGGACGUGCAGUACUGUCCACUGUAGUGAAAUGCGAGAUAAAUAAUUCCAUUAUUAUUGCUCCAAUGUAUGAUUACGUGUUAAAUCAGCUUCAGUGUAAAGUGAAACCAUGUUUAUAACAUAUCUUUUAAAGCUAGCAGGGUGAAUUUAGGCAAAGUCGGCAACUUGUGUACAUCGGUGACCAGCCGCAGCGAGAACUUAAGCUAACAUUUGUAAGCUAGUUAAUAAGACUCUCUCUAUGAUCCCCACCUAUAGGUGUGCUACUUCUUCUGAUAACUGAACAUGGACUUGAACUAGUAGAAGGAAUGCUAAAAAUCACAAAUCAAUUUCAGGCUCAAUUUUUCCCUUUGUUUAGUACUUCUGUUGCUCACUGUUUACAUUUUUUUGCCAACCAAUAUGGUAGAUCCACGUGAUUGGGUGACAUCGGUGCAAAGGGUCAAAAGCGCCAAAUCACGACGAGUCAUCUGAAGGACCUUCACAUAGUAAACAUUCCAAUACGGUUCUGUUCAUUAAGCCAGUCAGUAAAAAGUUUCCUUUAUAAGGAACCCAGCAAGUUACAUCGAGUCACUGACUAGUGUCAGAGUCUUUGCAGCAAUCCUCUUACUAAGCAAGCAUUUAGCGACAGUGGACAGGAAAACGCCCUUUUAACAGGAAGAAACCUCCAGAGAAUCCUGGCUCAGUAUAAGCAGCCAUCCUCCACGACUCACUGGGGAUUGAGAAGACAGAGCAGACACACACACACACACUCACGUGUCCUGACACACAAUCCGGCUCAUGGGCCACUUCUUUCUGGACUGCCACACCAAUGUUGUGCCCCUCAAGCUGUAAUUAUUUCACAAAAUCCCUGUAGACCUACAGGAUCGUAUGUGUCGCUCAUCACUUACACAUUGAUGAGUUGCAGUUAAAGCUGUUGUCUUUAGAUUUCUUUUUUGAAGCUUAUAAACAGAGCGAGAGAUUAGUGUGGCAUAUAUAGCCUGCUGUUAAAUAGUGAAAUAUUUGUCUUCUACUAGUAGUUUGUGCUUUGUGGGGUGCAUAAAUGUGGUGCAUAAAUAAGUAGGUUGCAAAAGGUCUCAUGAAUCGUUUCGCCAGUGGUUCCAGGAUUUGUAAAGGACAGACCUGCUUUCCCAAUAACUUUCACGUGUUCUGCAAAUUGAGACCGGGUGUUUCUCAAUGUCAAGGUGCCUGGUUCGGGGGGCCACAAAGAGGAACCAGUGGGCCGCUUAUUGAGUUCCACUGCUCUAGAGCUUUCUUCUUGCUGCCUGGAGCCAUUUCAAAGUUAAGAGACUGAAAAAGAGCCACCAACUGAGCAGAUUUUUCAGCUUCAUCAUUGCUUCGCUGUACUGUAAUUGUGUGACAAUCAGAUCACCUCAUGUUACUUUUGUGUUGGGCACAAAUUACCUUGCAGUCGUGUGGUAAAACAUGCUUCAGCGUGGGCCUGUUCUCAGGAGGAGCACAAACUUGUUAGUAAAAGGGAAACACUUUGCUGCUUUGUGUUAAAAUAAGAACUUGAUAUAGAAUCAGGUGUGUCGGAGCAGGGACACGUAGAAAACAUGCAGCAACAGUGGGGCUCAAGGACUGGGUUUGCUCACCACUGUCAUGCAGUGUAGACCCUUGAGUGCAGCCUACAGCACUGCAUCUGUUAAUUAUGCUAAAAGAUUUUAUUUAGUUGCUAUUUAGCUCAAUUUAUUCACCACUGACGAUGAUAAUGGGCGAUGAUCGUGGGCGACGGUGGCACAGGAGUUAAGUGCUCGCCCCGUAAUCGGAUGGUUGCAGGUUCGAGCCCCGCUCAGUCUGUUGCUGUCGUUGUGUCCUUGGGCAAGACACUUAACCCACCUUGCCUGCUGGUGGUGGUCGGAGGGACUGGUGGCGCCAGUACUCAGCAGCCUCGCCUCAGUCAGUGCACCCCAGGGCAGCUGUGGCUACAUCGUAGCUCAUCCCCACCAGGGUGUGAAUUUAUGGGUGAAUGACUGAUUGUGUUGUAAAGCGCCUUGGGGGGUUCCAGGACUCUAGAAGGCACUAUAUUAAAUACAGGCCAUUUACCAUAACAAUAGUGAUCAAUCGGGGUGUGCCAUCUACUUGCUCUCUAGCCAGAUGCAGGGGUUGGGGGCCCGUUUCGUCACGUGUCAAGAAGUCAUUAAAGGUUGGUCUUAUUCCUUCUAAUGUCUAAUGUGACUAUGCUUAGAUACUUUAUUAUACGUCCAUACUGGCCUGUAACUUUGCUUGAUUCUCUUUUCCUCAAAGUGCACCGGGUCACUGCUGACAUGUCCCCAGACUCUCCUGAAGGUUUUCUACGCUCACCCUUUUCACCCUUGACCUGUUUUCAUGUGUGAAUAAUAUAAAGACCCAGUUGGUGCAAAGCUACGCAUGUUAUGUUUGUCCCUCGUCACUGCAGGAUGUAGGUGAUUCAGUUUUACUUAAUGAAUGUCUGCUCAAUAAACCUCAUUUACAUAGAGUUCUAACAUUUCAA